AUGGAUUGGCCAGACCUCUCGAGCUCGCAAACGGACCGCAUCUUCAUUGACACGCUCUCCUUCAAUGCAACAGCUGGACGCGACUGCUGGGGCCGCACACGGCCACAACCGCUCUCGCUGACAAUUGAAGUGGAAGCAAAUCUCCAAAAGGCCGCACACAACGACGACUUGACCGAUUCGAUAAACUAUGGUGGUCUAGCGAAACAACUCCUCGCGCUCUGUGACGACCAACAGUUUGAGAGCAUGCUCCAUCUCGCUCAACGCGCUGCAGAGUUGGUAGUAACGCAGCCAGGUGCAAUUGGCCAGGCAAAAGUCGAACUGAGAGCACAAAAGGGCUUGUUGCAGGAUGCCGGCCUUGGAUUGCAGGUCCGCAGGGGAAAAGAGGGGAAAUCGACGCAAGAGUGGACAUGGCUCAUCGAUGGUUGGAGAGUGCCCGUCUUGAUUGGCAUGAACCCUCCAGAGAGACAGAACAAGCAGAUUCUGAUCAUAGACCUAAAGUUGCUCAUGCGGACCGCCGGGACCAAGACCGAGGACGAGGUUAGCAUUCCAGAACUCAUGCAACAUCUCUCAGUCUGGGUCGAUACGACCUCCUUCCUCACCCUGGAGCGCUUCACCCGCGACCUCAUCCACGAAGCCAUGCACCACCAUUCCAGUAUCGCAUUCGCAAACGCCAAAGUAUCAAAACCCUCAAGGUGA